GCGAAGGACGUGCCGCUCCGUAGCUCGCUGUCCCGCUCUCACCCUCGCACACUCUCUCUCGCUAACUCACUCACUCACUCGCGUGUGUCUGCCGCUUCGCAUUUGUUGUUUGCCACUUUUUCGCGCCACCCCAAAAGAAAGAGAAAAAAACCGAAAAAUCAAAUACGAGUGUUAGAAGCGAACCAAAAAUCGGCAAGUUAGUGCGACCUUUGGUGACGUCAGAGGCUGGGAAAAAAUCGCCAGGAUGUCUGCCAAUAAUCAGCAGCAGCAGGCGGAUCCCUCGGCGGCCCUUGCCGCCCCCGCAGCAUCAUCGGAAUACCUGAAACGCACCUGCCUCAUCUGCGGCUGCCACACCAACCAGACGAUCAAUAUCUACGAGCCGCGCUCUGGUCCGAAUAUUGUCCAGCUAAUCCAGGCGAAAUUCAAAUUUCAGCCCCUGAACGAGGAUAAGUUCCUCUGCUUCAGCUGCAACAACUGGCUGAUCAACUGGCAUUCCCUGCAAGCGGUCAACAGCAAUGAGGCCGAGAGUCAAAGUCAAAGUCCCUCGCACAUGGGCAACAGUGUGUUGCAGCAGGAAAAGACGAAGCUGCGUCCGGUGGCGAUGGUUCGACCCCAAGUACGAGUCCAGCCCCAAUCACAGCCUCAGCCGCAGCCCCAAGUUCCAGUCAAUCCCACACCCGCACCAAUAGUCUAUUCCAAGCGAAGAACCAGCAGACCAGCCUCUGUCAGUCGAAUGAGCCGAGUCCUGCGGCAAUGUUGCUUGGAGAGUUUGCGGAGGAGUCCCAAGAAGAGGAGUCAGCAGUCGGUGUUUGUCUACCUCAGGCCACAGGGUCAAAGGAGGAGCAAUGUGAUCUGCAAGGUUGAGUGUGUGGCGCCGCGAAGGAAACCAGUGGAACGACUGGCCAAGGAAGUAGCGGCAGCGGCAGUGCCCAUGACAAAUCCAAAUCCCACACCCACUUACCAAAGAUUCCAGCAGCCCAGUGUGGAUGGGAAAGUAGUGGCCAUGUUCCGGCGUCUGGGUACCACGCUCAGCAGGGAAGAACCGCCCGCAUCUUCAGCGAAAUCAACCACCUCCAACACCUCGAAACCCCCGCAGAUCAUGAGUCCCCUCAAGCAGAGGCCGCGCUGGACGCGAGACCUCGACGAAGAUGAGAUACUGCUGGAAUUUGAUAGUGCCAUAUCCGAAGUCCUGCCAACCACCAGCUAUCAGGUUACCCAAGAGGAGAAUAAAGAGAACGAAGAAAUGGAGCAGGAGGAGGAGGCGGACGACGACGAUGCGGAACUGGAAGUGGUGCAGGAAGCGGAAGCGCCACUGGAACCACAGAGCCACCGCAAAGCAGCCAGCAGCCACCAAAAUUCCCACCAAGCUUCGCUCCAACUCGCUGGUCUGCGAUUACCACUGGGCCUUAGCAUUAGUCUCGUCUAAGUACCGAUGGGUCCAAGUAGUGCCCCACAAAAAGCAAAAAGCAAAAACAAAAAUAGUCAAAUUGCAUGCACAA